GUCUACUCUUCUUCCCUAAAACCCUCUCUCUCUCUCUCUCGCCCUCCCUCCUUCUCUCCUUAAACCCUACUUCACUCUCUUCUUCCAUCUCAAUCUCUUCUGAUUCCCAACAUUUUUCCACAAUGACUUCUCUCUCUCUUCCUCUCCAGAACCACUUCUUCUCUGCAUCUACCCCUCUUAUCCGAGGCAAGCCCAGACGAUUCGCGGUUCCCACCAAGGUCCGAAUGUCCCUUCAAGAAAGCGGACCAUCUGUCGCCGUCGUUGGCGUCACUGGCGCCGUCGGCCAAGAAUUCCUCUCCGUACUCUCUGACCGCGAUUUCCCUUACCGUUCCAUCAAAAUGCUCGCUUCUAAACGAUCCGCCGGCAGACGCCUCACGUUCGAAGACAAUGAAUAUGUCAUCGAGGAACUCACCCCCGAGAGCUUCGAAGGCGUUGAUAUUGCUCUCUUCAGUGCUGGCGGUUCGAUCAGCAGAGAGUUCGGGCCCAUUGCUGUUGAUCGAGGGACUAUUGUUGUGGAUAAUAGCUCGGCGUUCCGGAUGGACGAGAAGGUGCCACUUGUGAUCCCAGAAGUGAAUCCUGAGGCCAUGGAAAAUAUUAAGCUUGGAAUGGGUAGAGGGGCGCUCAUCGCGAAUCCCAAUUGCUCGACGAUUAUAUGCUUAAUGGCCGCUACUCCUCUUCAUCGACGAGCUAAGGUGUUGCGCAUGGUUGUUAGCACUUAUCAGGCUGCUAGCGGUGCUGGUGCAGCUGCAAUGGAAGAGCUUGAGCAGCAAACUCGUGAGGUAUUGGACGGAAGGCCGCCAACUUGUCAAAUAUUUAAGGAACAGUAUGCUUUUAAUCUGUUCUCACAUAAUGCAUCCGUUCUCCCAAAUGGCUAUAAUGAAGAGGAGAUGAAAAUGGUAAAGGAGACGAGGAAGAUCUGGAAUGACAAGGAUGUUAGAGUAACUGCUACGUGCAUACGAGUUCCUGUCAUGAGGGCUCACGCUGAGAGUGUAAACCUCCAAUUUGAGAAACCCCUUGACGAGGAUACUGCAAGAGAUAUUCUAAAGAAAGCUCCAGGUGUUGUGGUUAUUGAUGACCGUGCAUCGAAUCAUUUUCCUACUCCGUUGGAAGUGUCAAAUAAAGAUGAUGUUGCUGUAGGGCGGAUUCGCCGUGACUUGUCUCAAGAUGGGAAUCACGGGUUGGACAUAUUCGUCUGUGGGGAUCAAAUUCGCAAGGGAGCUGCUCUUAAUGCUGUCCAGAUUGCUGAGAUGUUACUAUGAGUUCUUGCAUCUCAAGUAAGAGGAUUUGCGUAUUUCACCACUUUGCAACUAAUCAUUUUUGUAUGAUUGUGGGUGCGGUUAUUUUUGACUUCCAGUGAGAUCUAGUUAGUCUGAGUAGCUUAAAAGAAAGGGUUAAAAAGGAUCUCUAAGUUGGUAGGCUUUGUACUGCUUUGAGGUGCAUAUUUUAUGCUGAAUUUAAUUAUUUUUUGUUGGUCGUUUUGAUUAAAGUUUUUUUCCCCGAGUAAUACUGUGGAUUUUGUUUUGUUUUUUAAGUUUGCAGUAGUAGCCUAGGAGAAAAUAUCAUUAUUUCCAAAAUCCGCGAUCUGGAGGGAUGGAAAAUCUUGUGCGUGCGUUGAUUUUUUUUCCCCGGUAUACCAAGGGGA